GGGAGCGGGAGGCGGCGGCGGUCGGGAGCGGAGCGGAGCGGAGCGGGUGCGGCCCCCCCCCACCUCCCCCCCCCCUUCCCCGGUGCCGGUGCCGGUGCCGGUGCCGGGCGGGGCCAUGGCGGCGCGCGGCGGGCUGAGCGCCCUGCAGAAGGCGGCCGUGCUGCUGGGCCUGCCCGCGGGUGCUGCCGUGCUGUACGUCGUGUACCGGCGGUACCGCGAGGGCCGAGAGGAGCGGGCGACCUUCGUGGGCGACGAGGAGCUGGAGGCCGAGGUGCGGGUGCCGCGGGCGGCCGUCAAGGCCCUCAUCGGGCGGAAGGGAGCCACCAUCAGGAAGCUGCGGCAGGAGACGGGGGCGCGCAUCGACGUGGAGGAGGAGGACGAGGCGGGCGAGGAGCGGCUGCUGCUCAUCGCGGGCUCCCCGGGGCAGGUGUGCCGCGCCCAGGCCGCCGUGCGCCGCGUCGUGGCCGACAGCGCCCCGGUGCUGGAGCAGCUCCGCGUGCCCCACACGGCCGUCGGCAGGAUCAUCGGCCGCGGUGGCGAGACGGUGCGGAGCAUCUGCCAGAGCUCGGGGGCCAAGGUGCUGUGCGAGCGCAAGGCCGAGGCCGGCCUGGCCCCGACGCGGCUCAUCCGCCUCUCGGGGACGCGGCAGGAGGUGGCGGCCGCCAAGAAGCUGAUCAUGGAGAAGCUGCUGGAGGACGACGCCUUUCGGAAGGAGCUGGCCCGGGCGGCGGCGGCGCGGGGCCACCGCAAGCAGCCCCUGGGCAGCCGGAGGGAGCCGGAGCUGCUGCCUGGCGGGCCCCCCGAGCACGGGGCUGGGGACGGGGGCAUGCUCGGGGGCGUCGCUGCGCUGCUGGGUGAGGGUCCCUCCGAGGAGCCCGGGGAGGAGAGCGAGGCCCCGGAGGAGCUGGCGGCGGGGGCGGACGUCGUGGUGCCGAAAUUCGAAGUUCCCAGCCCCGAGUUCAGCUUCCCCGCGGCCGACCCCCUCGAGGUUUACGUCUCGGCCGCCGAGAACCCCGACCACUUCUGGGUGCAGCUGGUCGGCGAGCGCAGCCUGCAGCUGGACAAGCUGACGGCCGAGAUGUCGCACUACUACGAGGGCAGCGGCCGCGCGGCGGAGCUGGCGGCCGUGCAGGCGGGGGACAUCGUGGCCGCUCCCUACGGGGACGGCAGCGACUGGUACCGGGCGCGGGUGCUGGGCGCGCUGCCCGGCGGCAGCUGGGACCUGUACUACGUGGACUUCGGGGACAACGGCGAGGCGCCGCCAGCCGCGCUGCGAGCCCUGCGGAGCGAUUUCCUGAGCCUCCCCUUCCAGGCCAUCGAGUGCAGCCUGGCCGGCGUCGUGCCCGCGGGCGCUGAGUGGGCCGAGGCGGCGCUGGACGCCUUCGAGCGCCUGACGCACUGCGCGCGCUGGAAGCCGCUGCUGGCCAGGGUCUGCAGCUACGGCCGGCGGGGGCCCCGCACGUGGCCGCGCGUCUCCCUGCGCGACGAGGACCUCGACGUCGGCGCGGAGCUGGUGCGGCUGGGCCACGCUGCGCCGCGGCCGCGGGAGGAAGAGGAGGAGGGGGAGGAAGAGGAGGCAGCAGGGGAUGAAGCGCUGCGGUGGGGGACGGAGACCCCGGAGGACGGCACCUGCGUGUCCCUCGAGAGCCUCUCGGAGCCCCGGGGCAGCCCCAGCGAGGCGCCCCCCACCCUGGCGCCCCCCACCCCGGCGCCCUCCACCCCGUCCUGCCUCAGCCCCCCAGAAGGCAGCCGCGUGUCUGGCAGCGGCGCCGUCCCGGUGCCAGAGGGGAGCUCCCCGUGACGGCCCCGGGGGCAGGAGGCGGCCGGGCGCCCUCGGGGGUCGGGGUGCCAGCGCCGGAGGAAGCCGUGGUCCAGGGAGAAAUUGGGGCGGCUGGGAACGGUGCGGGCACCCCCGAGGCGCCUCCGCGGGGCAGCGGGGGCUCUCGGCCGCGCUGUCCCGGGCCCGGGGGGAGGUCACGGCCGCCGGCACCACCUCGGGCCCGUCGUUGGCCCCGCUCGGUUGCGUUUUGUUGUUGUCGCCCCAGCCCCGUUCUGCGGCGCGGGGAAAAAAACGGUUCUGGGUUCCUGAGUCAAUAAAGUUCGGUUCUGGGCAA